AAGAAAAAAUUAUUUCUAACGAUUUUGCAGAUUAAUGUUAUAUCGUAUUUCGUGGGUCUUUUUGGCAAAUUCGGUUUAAAAUUCGCGCCCCGGAUAUAUAAGCCGGUACCCCCCUAGGAAGUAAUGCGCACAAACCAGUGUUUUACAGCGGCUAAUCAAUGUACUACCUAUGUCUUUCUCUGUCUUUGUGUUCGCGGGCUUGAACUACCUUCGAACGCUAUAGUGUAGGUUACAAAAUAAGUUUUGAAAGAUAACAUUUCUUUGGAGGGUGUUGAUUCAUUAAAAUCGAGUCAAGAUAAGUGUACAAAUAUGGAGAAGAGGAUAGAACUGGAAAAGCGUGGAAGAAAUGCGGCAGAAAUUAAGGAACUCAAUUUAGAUAAUUGUCGCAGUACAAGCAUAGUUGGUUUGACAGAUGAGUAUUCAAGUUUGGAAACCUUAAGCCUUAUAAAUGUAGGUCUAACAUCUCUAAAAGGAUUUCCAAAGCUACCAAACCUAAAAAAGCUUGAACUGAGUGAUAACAGGAUUACCAAUGGUUUGAAUCUCUUAUCGACGAGCCCAAAACUUACAACGUUAAAUCUGAGUGGAAAUCGAAUAAAGGAUUUAGAUGCACUCGAGCCACUGAAAGACUUCAAGUACCUCAAAAAUCUUGACCUCUUCAACAAUGAAGCCACGCUGGUCGACAACUAUCGUGAUAAAGUUUUCAAACUUAUACCCAGUUUAAAAUACCUGGAUGGAUUUGAUGUACAUGAUGGCGAAGCAGAAGACAGUGAAGAAGAAGUGAACGGAAACGAAGACGAUUCUGUAGAUGAAGAUGAGAAUUCAUCUGACGAUGAUGAAGAUGUGGAUGAUAGUGUGGGUCUGGGGGCAGUCUAUUCAGAAAAUUUAGACGAUCUUUCAGACGAAGGAGAUUAUGAAGCUGGUGAAGAGGAAGAGGAAGAAGAAGACUUUGAUGAAGAAGAAGACGACGGCGAUGAAGAAGCACAGCCACCAGAAGAAACAAGUCGGGGUAAGAAAAGGAAGCUGGAAGAUGGUGAAGGUAACUAAGUGUUAUACAUAGUACAUAAGGAACUGACAGUGACCAAUGAAGAAUUAUUGAGUGCGUCUCUUGGCAAGUAAAGCAGAAAAAAAAUUAAAUAUGUAUACAUACGAACGAGACGGACUUCCCUGGCUGUGGUACACACAUUGCAUUAAAAAAAUAAAAUAAAAUGGUCGAAUGUAUUAAAUAAUAAAACCAAAACUCGUUUCUCCUGGACGAACACACUUUUUAAUCGGCCACUUAAUACUACAGGAAUUAUUAUUAUUUUACAUUUACUUUAGAUUGUAUUAAACAGUCAACAAACAGAUGGACAGACAUUAAANCUACUU